UUUAGCAAGACGGGAACUUAAAAUGAUUGCUACAAAAGGUCGGAAUUCCUUGACCGACGAUAAGUUCAAUGAGAUACACCACUUAAUAGCCGAGAUGAAAGAGAUUUACAUUAAAGCCAAAGUAUGCUCGUAUAAACAAAUCGAUACUGAGUGCAAUUUGAAUAUAGAUCACGAUAUAAAUAAAAUAAUGGCACAGUCAAAAGACUAUGAUGAAUUAUUGCAUUACUGGCACGCGUGGCACGAAGCAAUCGGUCCACAACUUAUAAAUAAAUAUUUAAGAUACGUUCAAUUGGCAAAUCAAGCAGCUAAAUCAAAUGGUUUUGCUGACGCUGGCGAUCAGAUGAUAGAACUGUUCGAAGACGAACAUUUCCAGCAAAAUAUAGCGCAAGUGAUGUCAGCUGUAACUCCGCUCUAUAAGAAUCUAUUUACUUAUGUGCGAUCGAAACUGAUUGAGAGAUACGAUGACAAAAUACGCGAGGACGGGCCUCUACCGGCGCAUGUUUUGGGAAAUAUGUGGGCUCAAAAUUGGGAAGCUCUGUUCGAGUUAGUGCAGCCUUUCCCCGCGAGCAGAAAGCUCGAUGUGACUUUGGAGAUGAUUAUUCAGAAUAUCACACCAAUGAGGAUGUUUCAAAUAGCAGAGGAAUUUUUUACUUCACUCGGAAUGAAGCCGAUGCCUCCGGAAUUUUGGAAGUUCUCCAUUUUUGAAAAACCUAUUGACAGGGAAAUCAAGUGCACUCCUAGUGCGUGGGAUUUUUGUAAUAGAAUCGAUUAUAGAAUAAAACAAUGUACCAGAGUUACAAUGGAAGAUCUUCUGUCGACGCAUUACGAAAUGGCGCAUUUGCAAUAUUAUUUACAAUACAAGGAUCAUCCGCUACUAUUUCGAAAAGAAGCAAUGCCAGGAUUCAAGGAAGCUGUCAGUGACGCAAUUGGCUUAUCGAUUUUUACUCCUCAGCAUUUACACAAAAUUGGAUUGCACAGUAAUUUAACAGAUGAUUAUGAGAGUAACAUAAAUUUUUUGAUGCUAUUAGCUCUUCGCAAAGUGGCUUAUAUACCGUUCGCUUAUAUAGUUGAUCAGUGGAGAUGGCGCGUCUUCAGCGAUGGUGUGCAAGAUAUGACGGCACGCUGGUGGGAAUUAAGAUUACAAUAUCAGGGCAUUGUUCCUCCCAUAUCUAGAUCCGAAAGAAAUUUCGAUCCAGCAGCGAAGUAUCACAUCCCGGCGGACAGUCCUUACGCAAAGUAUUUUGUAAGCGCCGUCUUACAGUUCCAAUUAUUCCAGUCACUGUGUGAAAUUUCCGGUCACACCGGCGAGUUACAUACUUGCGAUCUUUAUAGAUCGCGCGAAGCAGGUCGGCUAUUAUCAGAUGUUCUGUCGACGGGAGCUUUAAAACCAUGGCAAGAUGUUGUCAGACAAUUGACGCGAGGUAAAACGAAUCGAAUAGAUGCUGGUGCCAUGCUUAAAUAUUUUGAGCCAUUGAACGCGUGGUUGAAACGACAAAAUGAAAUGCAGCCUGUAAUCGGUUGGAUUUCCAGCCGCGAUGACAAAGGAAUUUUGGAAUUUGUUUCAGCACUGUUUGCGCAAUGGUAUCAGAGCAGUGCGCGGAAAAUAGAAUCAUGGAGUUUAUUCCCUUUGCUGCUUAUAAUUUGCAAAAUAUGUAUUUAUUAAUAAUUAUUGCAUAUGAGAUUUAACUAAACCUAUUUUCCAAAGAUUUUCAUAGUUAGUAUCUGCAAAUUGAACGAUAAUGAAUAAAAGACUUGAUAAUUCU